UCUUCACACCACCCGCCAUCAAACCUCUAUCCUACUACUUUACAAGCAAAACCACAACUUACCUAGCACGCAACCUCGAAGACAAAUGAAGGCGGCAUUAUCAACAAACGCAAUGCUACUACUCUUGGUUCUAGUAGUACUCUCCCCCAUCACUCCCCCAUCCGCCUUGGCGGCCCGAUCACUGGCCGAAACCCUGCCCACACCGUGGCAGACCUCGACCAGAUCGCUCGCAGAGACCCUAGCCACCUCGUUGCAGACCCCACUCCCCGUCCUGGACGUGGACGGGAAAGUGGUCCGUUCGGGAAGCAACUACUACAUCCUGCCCGCGGUCAGCGGUGAGGGCGGCGGUCUGGCUCUGGCCAGCCAGACCAGCGACCCGGAGGACUGCCCGCUGACCGUGGUCCAGGACGAGGACGAGAUCUCGCAGGGGCUUCCGCUCACUUUCGGGCCCGUCAACACCAAGACGGGCUACACGGUCCGCACUUUCACGGACCUGAACGUCCGGUUCGUGGCGGACACUCAGUGCGACGAGGGCACGGUGUGGAAGGUGAGCGACUACGACGACGACCUGGAGCAGUGGUUCGUCGGGACAGGAGGGGUCGAAGGGAACCCCGGCCCGAGGACGGUUCAGAACUGGUUCAAGAUCUGGAAGUACGGCUCCAACUACAAGCUCGUGUACUGUCCCGCGGUGUGCAAGUCGUGCAAGGUGGAUUGCAAGGAUGUCGGGAUCUAUGUGGAUGAGAAUGGCGGGAGGAGGUUGGCUCUUGUUGAAAAAGAUGGAGAUCCUUUUGUGAUCAAGUUUGUCAAGGCUGAUUGAAGAGAAACUUCGAUUAUAUAUGUUCCUAACUGAAUGAGCUAGUAUAGCUCGUUGAUUUUGUGAACAUUUCCUUAUAGUAUUGCGAGUUAGUUAUAUAUGUAUUGAAUUUAUAUGUGGUUUGGAAGAUUGGAAUAAGAGCUCUAGCUAUCCAUGCUCAAUUUGGAGGCCAGGGCCAUGCAUGCAUGGCUAGUACUUCCAUUGAUUUCUUUUGUCAUAGAAAGUUAAAUCAAAAUUAAAUAAUGAC